AUGGUGGAGUACCCGCCCCUGCUGCUGGCGGCCGCCUUGCUGGGUCUGCUGCUGGCACUGCUGCUGCUCCUGAGGCGCUGGGGCUGGGGCCUGUGUGUGGUCUACUGGUAUGAGUUAGUCCUGCAGCCUGCCCGCAACCUGCUCAUGGGUGACACUAAGGAGCAGCGCAUCCUGAACCAUGUGUUGGAGCACGCGGAGCGUGGGAACCCGCAGAGCGUGCUGGAGGCCAUCGACACCUACUGCUCACAGAAGGAGUGGGCCAUGAAUGUGGGUGACAAGAAAGGCCAGAUCGUGGACACUGUGGUGCGGGAGUACCAGCCCUCCGUGCUGCUGGAGUUGGGGGCCUACUGUGGCUACUCGGCUGUGCGCAUGGCCCGCCUACUGCUACCUGAUGCCAGGCUGCUCACCAUUGAGCUCAACCCUGACUACGCAGCCAUAACCCAGAGGAUGGUAGACUUCGCAGGCCUUCAGGACAGGGUCACUGUGGUGGUUGGGGCAUCCCAGGACAUCAUCCCUCAGCUGAAGAAGAAGUAUGAUGUGGACACGCUGGAUAUGGUCUUCCUUGACCACUGGAAGGACCGGUACCUGCCAGACACGAUCCUCCUGGAGGAAUGUGGCCUGCUGCGGAAGGGGACGGUGCUGCUGGCUGACAACGUGAUCUGCCCAGGUGCGCCAGACUUUCUGGUACAUGUGCGUGAGAGCAGCCACUACGAGUGCACGCACUACUCCUCCUACCUGGAGUACAUGGAGGUGGUGGACGGCCUGGAGAAGGCCAUCUACAUGGGCCCGGGCAGCCCUACCAGGCCCUGACUACCCACCUGCUUGGGAUCCCUCACCACGCCUGGCUGUAGACAGCGUGAUUGGCAUACUUCCGCCAGCCUUCUCCCAUGGCUCUGGGGUCUGUCCUAAAUGCAGAGCACACUGAGGCCAGGGCCUGGGCCUGCCACACUGACCUCUGCACUGCCGUUCUAGACUAUCCUUUUUUAAGACUCACUUAUGACCUCUUUACUAAAAUCUGCUAACUGUAAUCAUCUUCCACGCUAAUGUCAUAUCUUAAAAAUAUAAACCAGAAAUUAAAGAUCUACAUUUUAGAUACAAGAAAUCAA